UUUUAAGGACACCACAGAAAGGAACAUUCUCCACAGGAUGAUGACUCCAACUGUGGUCUUGUUGGUUAUUCUAGGACAGACAAGCAGCUCUUUUGGUACUAAUAUUGCUAGAGGUGGACAAGUGGCUCAGUCUUCACUGCAUAGCAAUGCCAUCCCUCAAAGGGCCAUUGACGGAAAUCGGGCGAGCAACUGGGCACAGGGAUCCUGUACCCACACAAAAAAUGAUCAGAAUCCAUGGUGGAGACUGGACCUCCUGAAGACAUAUAAAAUCAACACUGUCACCAUCACCAACAGAAGAGACUGUUGCCACACAAGGCUCAAUGGAGCUGAGAUCCGCAUUGGAAACUCCCUCAAUGAUAAUGGCAACACUAAUCCCAGAUGCACUGUGAUCUCAUCUAUUGCACCUGGGAGCUCCCAAACCUUUGUCUGUAAUGGGAUGGAAGGCCGUUAUGUGAACAUCGUCAUUCCUGGAAGAAGAGAAUACCUGACACUAUGUGAGGUGGAAGUUACUGGUCAGCCUUCAGGUAACACAGAUACCAACAUUGCUAGACUUGGACAAGUGGCUCAGUCUUCACUGCAUAGCAAUGCCAUCCCUCAAAGGGCCAUUGACGGAAAUCGGGCCAGCAACUGGGCACAGGGAUCCUGUACCCACACAAAGAAUGAUCAGAAUCCAUGGUGGAGACUGGACCUCCUGAAGACAUAUAAAAUCAACACUGUCACCAUCACCAACAGAAGAGACUGUUGCCACACAAGGCUCAAUGGAGCUGAGAUCCGCAUUGGAAACUCCCUCAAUGAUAAUGGCAAUGCUAAUCCCAGAUGCACUGUGAUCUCAUCUAUUGCACCUGGGAGCUCCCAAACCUUUGUCUGUAAUGGGAUGGAAGGCCGUUAUGUGAACAUCGUCAUUCCUGGAAGAAGAGAAUACCUGACACUAUGUGAGGUGGAAGUUACUGGUCAGCCUUCAGGUAACACAGAUACCAACAUUGCUAGACUUGGACAAGUGGCUCAGUCUUCACUGCAUAGCAAUGCCAUCCCUCAAAGGGCCAUUGACGGAAAUCGGGCCAGCAACUGGGCACAGGGAUCCUGUACCCACACAAAGAAUGAUCAGAAUCCAUGGUGGAGACUGGACCUCCUGAAGACAUAUAAAAUCAACACUGUCACCAUCACCAACAGAAGAGACUGUUGCCACACAAGGCUCAAUGGAGCUGAGAUCCGCAUUGGAAACUCCCUCAAUGACAAUGGCAACGCUAAUCCCAGAUGCACUGUGAUCUCAUCUAUUGCACCUGGGAGCUCCCAAACCUUUGUCUGUAAUGGGAUGGAAGGCCGUUAUGUAAAUAUUGUGAUUCCUGGAAGAAAAGAAUACCUGACCCUGUGUGAGGUGGAAGUGUCUGGGAUAGAAUCAGAUGAUUUGACUGAAUAUGCUUGCAACUGAGUCUGCAACAGAGCCUUUAGCUCAUAUUCCUGUCCAGUUAAUUUUUUAGCUAAAUCACCCUUUCUUAAAUUUUCCUUCUUCAGUUCCUGACUACAUAGUUUUACUUACUGUUAAUGAUAUUUGAUAUCAAAGUUUACUUGUUGUCAUGUUUACAUGUUUUUAGGCCACUCAAUUUUUUUAGUAUAACAAAAUGAGCAUUUGGAAGACUAACUGGAAGACAUUCAUGAGGGGGGACUGAUAAGUUUGUGGCCUAAGGGAAAAGGCAAUGAGUUUUACAGAUCUUGUUACGUGCAUGUGCAGUUCAACUCUUUGAGUGUUUAUGCCAAAAGUUUUAAGUCAAUAACUUUCAUUGUAUUUCUGUUCUGGAUAACUUAAAAUUGCACAUCAGCACUUCUGAGAUGAUCAACAUUAGCUUUUUGUGUACUGAUCCGCCUUAGUCUCAAGGUGACUAUGUUGAAAAAUAUAUGUGCUAGGUUUUCUAAAACUGACUCCCUUUACCUUAAGCCACAAAGCUAUCAAUCACCCCUUGUAUGAUGAUGAAGUCAUAUACAUUUCAAUGACUUUUAGAUUUAUAUAACUUCUGAUUUCUAGUGAAUGCCAGUACUUUUAAAAUUCCUAUACUAAUUGUUGAAAAUGGCAAGAUUUUAUUGGACCCUCCCACCAAGAAUUACAUGUUAUUAUUUCUGGAAGAUUAAUAAGUAGGAUAAAAUAUUGUUUGUACCUAGUGUACACAUGGUAUCACAUGGUAGAUUAGGCAAACUACUUUUUCUUAAGUCUGUCAUCUGUUAUCUCGAAAGGU